AUGGGUAAAUCUCAGUCGAAGCUUUCCCCUUCCCAGCUGGAUGAGCUCCAGAAAGCUACCCAUUUCGAUAAAAAGGAACUGCAGCAAUGGUAUAAAGGAUUUUUGAAGGACUGCCCCUCGGGAACCUUGACCAAGGAAGAGUUCCAAAAGAUCUACCGACAAUUUUUCCCUUUUGGCGACCCGUCAUCAUUCGCCAACUACGUAUUCCGUGUCUUCGAUUCGGAUAAUAGCGGGAUGAUCGAUUUCAAGGAGUUUAUUUGUGCAUUGUCGGUCACAUCCCGGGGCAAGAUGGAGGACAAGUUGGAUUGGGCGUUUCAACUGUAUGACAUCGAUGGCGAUGGUAAGAUCACAUACGACGAGAUGCUCGCCAUCGUGGAGGCGAUUUAUAAGAUGGUGGGCUCCAUGGUGAAACUCCCCGAAGAUGAGGACACACCGGAGAAACGAGUUCGCAAGAUUUUCCGGAUGAUGGACAAAGAUGAGAAUGGCAGCCUUGAUAUGGAGGAGUUCAAGGAGGGUAGCAAGCGCGACGAGACGAUCGUGAGCGCCCUGUCUCUAUACGAUGGGCUGGUAUGA